AUGAUGUAAGAGGGAAAUACCAAUACCAGUAGAUUGUAGGCUCUCAACAAUAGCAAUUAUACCCCGACCAAACAGUCUGAGGAGUUUAAUUCUAUGAAUUUGAAAGAGCUUCCAGACUCAAAGGAAGAUAAAAUCCAAAUUAAACAUAGAAUGAACAUAUGCCAAUGGAUAUCAUUUGGAUUUUUAACUCUGGUGUUCUUAUUCCUGCUUGGGUUCUUGAUUUAUCAAUGGUCCACUUGGAGCAAACAAAGAAUCAACAGAUAUGGUUGA